AUAAUUAAACCUGUUGUUGGGGAAUCCACCAGAGAAGACUACUCAGACGUGAGUUUAAGCCAAUAGAAAGUCGGGCAACUACACUGGGUAUUCGGGAUCCCAGAAUAACCCCGAGCCUUUCUCAGGAAGAGCUUUCAAGAGCGAAAACCACAUCCUGAGUUGACACUCUUCAGUCAGCCAGAAGUAGAACUACAGAAGCCAAAAAGCAAGUCUAGCAUCAAGAGGCCACUUGCUAGCAGCUGCUCUACAGCUCUUGUGUUUCUCCUGUUCCAGAAACACCUCCAUCUAGGAGGUAGAAGAUGCCACAUUCCAGCCUGCACCCAUCUAUCCCACGUCCCAGAGGUCGCCGCUCUGAACAGGCUGCCUUGGUCUUGCUGGUGGCCAGCCUGACAAUCCUUUGGGUGGUAGGGGAGCCACCAAAUCACACUCUGAAGUUCCUGGUACUUCACCUAGCCUCCCUGCAACUUGGACUGCUGUUGAAAGAGGUCUGCUGUCUGGCUGAAGAGCUGCGCCAUAUCCACUCCAGGUACCAGGGCAGCUACUGGAAUGCUGCACACGCCUGCCUGGGCUGCCCCAUUCAACGUAUGGCCCUGCUGCUACUGUCUUUCUAUUUCUACUGCUUCCUCCCAAAUACUUCUGGCCAUCACCUCAGUUGGAUGCUCGCCAUCCUGGGCCUCUCACAGUCCCUAAACAUCCUUCUGGGCCUCCAGAACCUGACCCCAGCGGAAGUCUCUGCAGUCUGUGAAAAAAAGAACCUCAAUGUUGCCCAUGGGCUGGCCUGGGCAUACUACAUGGGGUACCUGCGGCUGAUCUUGCCAGGGCUCCAGGCCCGGAUCCGAACGUUCAAUCAGCUGCACAGCAACAUGCUAUGGGGUGCGGGGAGCCGAAGGCUGUACAUCCUCUUCCCGUUGGACUGUGGGAUGCCUGAUGACCUGAGUGUGGCUGACCCCAACAUUCGCUUCCGAGAUAUGCUGCCUCAGCACAGCAUAGACCGUGCUGGCGUCAAGAAUCGGGUUUAUUCCAACAGUGUCUAUGAACUUCUGGAGAACGGGCGGCCAGUAGGCGCCUGUAUCCUGGAGUAUGCCACGCCUUUGCAGACCUUGUUUGCCAUGUCACAGGAUGGGAAAGCUGGCUUCAGUCGAGAGGAUCGGUUUGAGCAGGCCAAACUCUUCUGCCGGACACUUGAGGACAUCCUGGCCGAUGUCCCUGAGGCUCGAAACAGCUGCCGCCUCAUUGUCUACCAAGAAGCCGCAGAGGGGAAUAGCUUCUCCCUGUCUCAGGAGGUUCUCCGCCACAUUCGUCAGGAAGAAAAGGAGGAGGUCACUAUGAGUGGUCCCCAGACCUCCGUGGCGCCUCCUUCCUCCGCCCUGUCCCAAGAGCCGAAGCUCCUCAUCAGCGACAUGGAACAGCCUCUCCCACUCCGCACUGAUCUCAUCUGAGGAGUGGGGACAGCCUUGCCC